AUGUUGAUCCUCAUUGUUGGAAUUACCGGCAACAUCGGCCUCAAGCUUACUAGUGCUCUCAUACAACGAGGCCACAGUGUCCGUGGAGCCUCUAGAUCGAUAGCAGCGCUUCCAGACAAUGUUCGAGGGAAAUUAGAAGGCGUAUUCGAAACUAAGUCUUGGUAUGAUGCUGAAACCCUGCGAAAGGCAAUGAAGGGUGUGGAUGCUGUAGUGUGUGCCUACAGCCCCAUUCCAGCUUUAGCAUUGGAAGCCGAGCUUCUUCUGGUCCGGAUCAUGGAGGAGGAGAGUAUUAAACGAUUUAUCCCGUCCAUCUGGAAUCUCGACUGGUCCCAGCUACAAUGGGGCGACGUUCCAUACUACGAUUUGUUUCUCGCGCUACAGAGACAACUUGCCUUAUCGUCCACUGUUGACGUGCUGUACAUAUUUACAGGAAUCUUGGCAGAAGUGUUUUUCUCCGUUCCUGGACAUGGCGGAUUUGCACCCUCAAACCAUGGAGUAUGGGAUCCCAAGUCGUCUCCCAAAAGAGCAGAGGUAUGGGGAUCUGGUGAAGAGAAGUGGCAGAUUACAACUGAACAAGACUGUGCGGACUUCACUGCAGAACUCAUUGUAGAUUUGACAAAGAAGGGGGGUUCAUAUCGUGUCUGCAGCUUUCAGCACAGCAUCCGAGAGAUCGCCAGCAUCUAUCAGGACAUCCGAAGAGUUUCGGUGCAGCUUGACUACAUGGGAAGUAUCGAAGACCUAAGAGUAACGGCCAAUACAGCAGUGCGUGAAAUUGGUCUCAAGCAUUUUUGGGAUUGGAUGGGGUAUUUCUAUCAACUAUAUCAGUUGAAUGGCACGUGUCAUAUGAAACAGCUGGAUGACAAGCAGUAUUCCGCGCUCCGCCUAACUUCACUGGAAGAGUUUUUGAAGAACAACAUGUAUAUUUAG